AUGACGGAGCAGUUUGUCGACAAGAACGAGGCGGGAUCCGCAAACACACAGAACCUGCUGGCGCAUCUUUCAAAUGAUGUGGAGCUAUAUCAUAGACGUGUCCAACAGAAAAGACAAAUGAAGGAGCAGCUAGACAAAGGCGAAAAAAAGCCGAAGGUGGACGCGUCGGAGCCGGAGCAUGCCAUCAAAGAUGAACAUAUGCCGCAGGCGGAAACAGACGAUAUGCGCAAGGGGCAAGAAGGCCAAGAGGCAUCGAAGGCCGAUUUGAGCGAUUCGGCCUUCAUGUCGCCGGGUUUGCCCGUGGUAAACGACUCGCAGACACGAUCACGUGCCUGGACCAAGGCAGAAGACGAAGCUAUUGUAUAUUACAAGGAGGAAAUGAAGUACUCGUGGAAAGAGAUUGAAAAAAUGCUAAACGGCAGACAUUCGUGGCAGGCUAUCCAGAUGCGGUACCUACGCAAUCACAAGUCGCGUAACGACUCCUGGUCGCGGUUCAUGGAGCUACGGCUUGUGAAUGCGAUACGAAAGGACUGGGAAAACAGAUGGAAGCGGAUUAGCAAGGACCUUGGGAACGAUCUAACGGUAGAGCGUUGCGUAAUGAAAAACAUAGAGCUGUGCAAAAAGAUGGACGACCCGAUCUUUGGCAAGAUGUUUUCGAAUAAAGAGAUCACGCAAGGGUACGAGAACCCUAACAACGAUAUCAAAGACGAGGAGAGCCACCGGAAGCUGAUGCUGGUGUACAUGGGGCUUGAUUCGAUUAGCUACGAGUCCGAUGAGGGAGAGCAGCCGGAGGGAGCGACUGAUGAGGGUGCAGAAUGAAUUUCUAUGGCUACUGUACACAGUGAUUACACAGAAGGGCUAUGAUGCGGAUUUCCGAGCCGUGCGACCGGAAAUUGGAUGCCAGGUAGACCGCAUAGUCUAUAGGGAGGAAAAUGAGCUAGACAUAUUUCUAGCGAUGAAAGGAUGACGUGAGCCGUGUUUGAGCUCUGCCUCUAGGGUGACCAGGCAGUACCAGGCUCUUCUCUUCUCUUCUAUCAACGUGUGGUACUCCGAUGGAUCCUCAACAUUGAUUUUGAGCUUUAAAGCGAGGCUAAUAGCCUGGUCAAUUACUUGAAUGGCCUCAUGAAUGCCGCCAACCAUCGUGUAUGCUCUGACAAGAUUUAUGUAUGAGAUAAUGUCAUCGAGGUCCAAUUUGGUUGAACUUUGUAAGAAACUGUUUGUCUUGAAAAAUAACAUGUCUAGGAGUCCUAGCGAGGACUCUUUGGAAAUAGAUGGUGAUGGAGAGAGUUGCAAAAGCGCCGCUCCACAGAGAAGCAUCGAGAGAAUGAACCCCUCGUUAGUUUUCCGCACUCUGUGUGGAUCCGAGGUAAGAAUAUGGUUGGGGUUGAGGAUCAUGAUUGGAAACGGAGUUUGGAAGUACAAGUCAAUCAGGUCAUUUGCAAGAAAAUGCGAAAUCUGCAGCUGAGAGAUGACGUGGGCCGCUUGAUUAAGGAUUGGGUACCGGAACGGCUGCGAGACGGUAGAUGGCGAUGGGUGUGGUGACUGGUGAUGUAUUAUGUCGUGCUCAUGCUUCGUUUCCGGACUUUUAUUUUUGGUUGGUUUCCGUCGGAUGAUUAUUUUUGGAUAAUUCGAGCUGGCUCUGCCUCUUUUUUUCUCUUCCCGGAGAUACGUACACACGCUGUUUGUUCUGAUACAUUGAGAACAGCGAGGCAUUUCGCCCGAGCAUUUGGUCCGUUUCUGGUUGCAGAGAUCGCAAGCCCUGCGAGUCCUUCUAUAUUUCGUCUUCGAGUUGUAGGACAUGGGCUUGGACGAGUCUUCAUGAGGAGAUGGAGGUUGGUGAACAGGGGUGGAUGAUGGUGGCUGGUGCGAAGUCUCUGGCUCGGCUAUGUA